AUGGAGACUGAAACAAUUUUCAUGACAAUUUUCUUAAUCACCUCUUUAGUAUCAUAUGUGUAUCCAAGUUUUGGCCAACAAGAUGUUGACGAUGAACCACUGGUCAAUUCCGGUCACGAGUUUGAUUCAUUGGAUACGAUAUCGCCAGCUUCAGAAGAUUACAAUAUUUAUAUGCUAGAGAACUUCCCACCAAAAUACAAAACAUAUCUCCAAACCUUCAUGGACAAGAUAGAGUCCAAUGGUAAUAGGAAAUGUUAUAUGGAUGUUCUUAAAUAG